GAGCUUACUGUAAAGCUGUGUACAAACUGGAUAGGCAGUCUCCCUGCGUCGUCGUCGGUGUAGCAUCUACAAGUCUGUUUAUUUUCAACGUGACGCGUAAAAACACCAUGUUCGGGUCCUAAACGUACUUCCUUUGUAGAGUUGUCUAAUUUAGUUUCACCAUCACUGCACUGGCGUGGUGAAUGGGUGGUCCAGAUACCAACUACUAGCAGUGAAGACACAGACAGGAGGAGGCCCACACAUCUCUGAGGCCAUGGCAGAUUUUUCGCUAGCUGACGCCAUUGCGGACGACGUUCCAGGAGCGGCCUCCAAACAAGGCAACACCAACCCCGCAGGCCCUGCCAGUGCCCCUCCACCCCCCACCAACCCCGGAUGGUCGGCCCCUGGCGGUCCAAACUACCCGGCUGCAGGAGGCCCAACCCAACCGCCUGCCCCAGGGGGCUUCCCCAGCGGGCCCUCCGGUCCCGGAGCUCCUAACCAGUUCCCAGGACAGUACCCGUCAGGACCGGGGGCACCCACUGCUCCAGGUGGGUACCCCCCAGGCCCGGGCGUACCAGGACAGUUCCCCUCUGGCCCUGGGGCUCCGGGACAGUUCCCCUCCAUGCCAGGGCAGGGGUACCCCCCCGGGGGAGCCCCGCCAGGACAGUUUCCCCCACCUUACAACUCGGGACAGUUCCCUACCACACCAGGCGGGCCUCCGGGGCCUUUCCCCGAUAUGCCUUACGCACCACCCGGGGGUGGGAUGUAUGGGCCAGGUGGCCCUGGAGCUUUCCCGCCUGGCCCAUCCCCAGGCUUCCCGGGUGGAGGCUUCCCCCCAGUGCCUACAGGGUCAUGGGGACCGCCCGGCGGUGGCUUCCCUGCCCAGCCUGGUGGCUUCCCUGCCCAGCCUGGUGGUCCUGGGUCUUACGGGCCGGGCCCCAUGGGUCCCUACGGAGGACCUGGCGCUCCCGGAGGCAUGCUGCCGGUGCCGUAUGACCUGCCUCUUCAUGCCGGCAUCAUGCCCCGCCUUCUCCUCACCAUCGUUGGGGAGCCUGUGCCUGGAGCAGACCGUUUCCAGAUAGACUUUGUGAAGGGAGAGGACGUGGUGUUCCACUUUAACCCACGCUUCCCUGAAGAGCAGGUGGUGAGGAACUCCAACCUGGGCGGCUACUGGGGGCCAGAGGAGCGGGACGGAGGAUUCCCCUUCGUACCGGGCAGACAGUUUGAGCUGAAGAUCCUGGUGGAGCAGGACUGCUUCAAGGUGGCGGUGGAUGGCGUGCACCUGCUGGAGUAUGAGCAUCGGGUGGGCGGCUUCGAGGAGGUCACACUGCUGCGGGUGGUGGGAGACGUGGCCCUCUACAGCGCAGCGCCCAGCAUGAUCUGACCUGACACACACACACACACACACACACACACACACACACACACACACACACACACACACACACACACACACACACACACACACACUCUUGCUGGACUCAACAUAUCAAAGAGUCACUGGGGCUGCAUAUGAAACACUCAGUCUUUCAGUAUACAUUGCAUCCCAAGUAGGGAGCAAAGCAAUGAAACUCCCUAUGUUGGGCGCCAUAUAGUAAAUGUAAUCCAUUUUGGACACAGACUAACAGUGCGCCUACAGAUGAUUCCAUCUCUGUGAGGGAGAAUGAUGCAGUCAGUUACUCACUCACCUGCAUUUGCGAUUCUGUCAGUGUUUGCGAUCGUAUAGCAGGUCUGCAAUGUUAUAAAUUGACGAACGUAAUCCAGUGCAGCCAGGGCUGGGGAUUUGGUCUACUCUAGAUGAUGAUAUAAGAUGGCAGGGAAAUGGAAUUUGAAAUGGCAAGGAAGAAAUUGUAACAAAGCACCAACACACUAUUUCCCCCCAUACGUACCCUUUCCCUCCCACUCUUUUGUGCCUGCAACAAGGACCAACAGCUGAUCAAUUGCUGUCUAAUCGUCAAUUCAAUUGCUUUUUUUUCCUUCAGACACAAACUGGACCCCGUUUCUCGAAAGCAUCAUUGCCACUUAGUAGGUUGCCAAUGGGAAAUUGCAUUGCAACCAUGUAAGUUGCUAACUGAGUUAGCAACGACACUGUCGAGAAACGCACCCCUGCUUCGCAACUGCUUUGAGUCUGUGUAUGUUUAAAGAGACGAGUGUGCUGGAAUCCCUUAUCAUACGCUGUGUGUGAUAUGCUCAUGUGAGGCCUGACUGACUCAGUGUGUGAUGUGACAACUGGUCAAAGUGUCCAUCUUAAGCCUGCAAGUGUUUUAUGUUUGCUUUUUUAUAUCCAGUAUGUCAACACUGCUCUUUCUCCAACCCCCACCCUGCUCCACAGAGGGGUAGCUGGUUCAGGAGUAGAGAUGUACAGGAUCCAAGAUCCGGUUCCGGAUCCGGCAGGAUAAUAGGGUUUUUCAGACUAUCCGGAUCUGGCAGGAUCUUAAGCAGUGUAUUCGGUAUCCGGCAGUUACCUAAAAAUCAGGAUCUGGGGCAUCUCUACUUUUUUCGUAGCCUAGGCUUUUCAGUCAGUCUUUCACAACCCCAAUCGCUGCAUGGAUUGAAAGCCCUUUGGAAGCGGCCGUUGAAGGCAAUGUGGCAGUAAGCCAAUGAGUCUUAAAAAUAGUUUGCGCCAACGUAAUAAAAAGGGCCCACAAUUGCGAGUUGGCUAUGUGUUUCAACCCUUUCGUAGGAUCCGGUAUCCGGUUCCGGAUCCGGCAGGAUCUUAAGCAGUGGAUCCGGUAUCCGGCAUUAUCCUAAAAAUCAGGAUCCGGUGCAUCUCUAUUCAGGAGUAAACCAGGUUAAACUAAGAGGUACAUCUUCUUAAGGGAGAGUCCUCCUUUUCUUCUUCUAUUAGAUGAUCUACCUCUUAACCUAACCUGGUUUACUCCUGAACAAGCUUCUUAGUACAGUAUACCCCUCUGGCAGCCAUGUUGGAAAACACUGUGCUGAUACAGAUUGCCAGACCAAUGAACUGACAAAAAAACAAAAAAACAA